CCCCUCCCCACUCUCCUCCUCCCCUCCAUUGGCUCCAAGUACCCUUGAUGUCCAUGAUGGAGUGCAACUAUUCCGACUAUGAAAACAGUGAGUUUUCCUUCCCACUGACGGACGAGGAAGACGGCGCGCGUUUGGAGAGGUCACCCCCCACCACCUGCCCGGGUCUCCUGGUGCCUUGCCCCGAGCUGGUGGGGGUCCAGUCGGAACUCGGGGUGACAGAGGACCCGAGAGAGAAGAGACGAAAGGCCAGAGGGCGGUCGAAAGCCAAACCCUUGACCACCGUCCACCUGGUCAAGAGAAACAGGAGGUCCAAAGCCAACGACAGGGAGAGGAACAGGAUGCACAACCUGAACUCUGCACUGGAUGACCUCAGGGGUGUCCUCCCCACCUUCCCGGACGAUGCCAAGUUGACCAAGAUCGAGACCCUCCGAUUCGCCCACAAUUACAUCUGGGCUUUGAGCGAGACCCUGAGACUGGCCGAUCACUGCGUGGACAACAGCCGCAAACAAGCCAUGAUCUCCGGGUACCUGAGCGCCAUCCACCCGCCCAGUCCGGGCAGCGACACGGGGUCCUGGACCACCACUCCAUCUCCGUCCACCGCCUCCAGCUGCGCAUCCCUCCCCCCCAGCCCCGCCAGCUCAGAGGACUGCGGGUACCACAGACAGUCCGAGGGCAUCUUUUCCUUCCGAGCCAUCCAGAAGGAGUUCCUCAACGAGGUGUCCUGUUUCACCGAUUACAAUUGA